CAGUUGAACGCGUGUAUUACGUCACAAGAUGUUUACUACCACAAACGAUACACCUCUUUUCAAAUACCACAACCAUUCAAUGGAAAUAGUAAAAUUCUUAUCAGCUUCAAGAGGAAAAUAUGCUUUUUAUGUUAAACACGUGUUUAUUUAUAUUUUUACCCCAUUAUUCUAACCAUGACGCAUAGAAAAUGACGCACGGACAUUGCGUGCGUUACAUGGCGAAGUUAAACUAAAACACAAAUAGAAAAACCAUAAAAAUAAAUUAAAAUUGUAUCGUUCAUAAUUCGCCGGCAUCUAAUCUUACCAAGUGAAUAUAAUAUGUUUUGUUACGCAUGCAUAUCAAACGUUUCUAUAUGGAAAAUCAUACGAGAAAUAUGUAAUGAUCUUGUAUAGCGCGGGGGUCGAGUGUUCGCGAUUAAGUAUAAUUUUCUUAUCGACACCGAGCAUUUAGCAAACGAGGCACAUCAUUACGAGGGAGUCGGUGACUAGCGGUUGAUACUGAUUAACGUUCAUGACUAAAUAUUUGGCUAACAGUGGUGACACAAACAGUACAAAUAUUUGUUUGAACUAUGAGGACGUUUGUUUUAUUGUGCUCCGUUUUAACAAUAAUUAACGCUGAAAUUAUUGACCUAUCAUCCAGUGAUAAUGUUAUUUGGACUUUUGUCAGCAAAAAUGGAUCGAUGAAAGGACCGGCCACGGUGCCCGGCGGUGUGUACUCGGAUUUGCAGAAGGCGGGCAUAAUUGGGGACAUCCUCAACAGGGACAAUGACGUGCUCACUCGCUGGGUUGCCUUCGACACUUGGACGUACACCGCCAAGUUCCAGGUGUCGAUUGAUGACUUGGCCUCCAGAGUAGUGCACCUGGUGUUUGAUGGGCUAGACACGACAGCCUUCAUAGUGCUGAACGACCACAGCCCCAUCGGCGCCGUCAACAAUAUGUUCGUAAAAUAUGUUUUUGACAUCAAAAAUAAACUAAAGGCAGGUGAAAACGUGCUAAACGUGACAUUUCUAUCUCCUAUAAUGGCCGCGCAGAUUCGUUCAAGCAGAGCGUUUGCCGCUCCAGCGUGCGUCCCUCCUGGCUACAACGGAGAAUGUCACGUCAACCAGCUCAGGAAGAUGCAAGCGUCCUUCGCAUGGGACUGGGGACCCGCCUUCCCUUCUGUUGGGAUUUGGAAACCAGUUUACAUCGAAAAAUACGACGGAGCAGUUAUCAGAUGGGUUACAACCCACACCAAGAGAGUUGGUGUAGACUGGAGUUUGACAGUUCAAGCGCAUAUAGAGACAAGUAAGAAAGUAACCAAGAUAGAUGGCGUGUUGAGCAUCGCGUUGCAAGUUGAAGGGAAGCAAAUGUUGAAGAAGUGGAAACAGGUCAAUGUGGAGACCAAAGCAGAUGGUACCGUAGUCGAAGAGAUAGAAUUGCUUAUAAGCGGGAACAUGAUCAGGCUUUGGUGGCCGAACGGGUAUGGGGAACCGACUCUGUACGACUUGCACGUGCAUUAUACUACAGCUAGCAAGAAGGAAGAGUCGCGCAAAGAUAUUAAGAUUGGGUUCAGAACAGUAGAGAUUGUUGAAUCUCCAGCUUCGGAGAAACUUGGUAACACUACCGCAGGAAAGGGACUCACGUUUUACUUCAAAGUAAAUGGUUAUCCACUCUUCAUGAAGGGAUCGAACUGGAUACCCUCCAAUAUUCUACCAGAAUUGGGAGAAAGUGAUAAAGCAACCAUUGAUAACCUGUUAACGGCUGCUUAUGACGUGAAUAUGGCGAUGCUUCGAGUGUGGGGCGGCGGCGUCUACGAGUCCGACUACUUCUAUGAGAAGUGUGACCAGCUGGGCAUCCUCAUCUGGCAGGACUUCAUGUUCGCCUGCUCUAUGUACCCAGUGGACCCACCAUUCCUGAACGUAGUUACACAAGAAAUAGAACAAAAUGUGCUGCGGCUACAGCACCACCCUUCUAUUGCGGUAUGGGCUGGCAACAAUGAAAACGAAGUCGCAUUGAGGGGCAACUGGUAUGGGACCUCUAAAGAUUUCAAGAAGUACGAAGCGGAAUAUAUCAAACUUUAUGUGGACACGAUAAGACCAAUCGUGGAGACCUUGGACCCAGAACGACGGUAUCUUGUCUCCAGCCCCUCGAAUGGCAUCGAGUCCGAGAGAGAAGGGUACAUCGCCUCUAAUCCCUACGAUCCUCAUUACGGAGACACGCAUUACUAUAAUUAUUUUGCUGACAACUGGAACAUGAAUACGUAUCCAAAAACUAGAUUUGCUUCAGAGUACGGCUUUCAGUCUUUACCGUCGAUCAGAACCCUCAAAACUGCGACAUCGAAUCCUGAUGAUUUGAAGCUCAAUAGUAAAUUUUCAGAACACCGGCAGCACAGUCCAAACGGCUACUCGUAUAUUGAAAACCAGUUGACCGGCCACAUGAAAUUGGAUGUAAAUGAUUUCAAGUAUUUUGAAAAGUUCGUCUUUUAUAGCCAGAUCUCACAAGCAAUGGCGUUAAAAACUGAGACGGAAGUUUACAGGCAGGGACAGGCUGACUGGUAUACAAUGGGAGCACUUUACUGGCAGCUGAACGACGUGUGGCAAGCUCCGUCUUGGUCUGGAAUUGAAUACGGUGGCAGAUGGAAGAUGCUCCAUUACUUCGCAAAAACAUUUUUCGCGCCGGUUCUGGUAUCACCUCGGCAACUCGUAUCUGAUGAUAUCGACGUCUAUCUCCUGAACGAUCGAUUUGUUCCAAUAAUCGAUGCUGUAAUAACUGUCGAUAUUUACAACUGGACCAGUUUAACUCCGAUCAACACAAAACAGUUCCCGGGGGACGCUGAUGCUUUAAGCGCAAAAUUACAAGAUAUAGAUAUGAACUAUUGGGAUUACAAGAAGGAACAAAUAUUUCUGAGGUUUUCUUUGGAUGCGCCAGGAGUAAAGUCGUCACCUAACAAUUAUGUUUUCCCGGUACCUUUGAAAUCAAUUGUUGGGUUGAUCAAACCUAAUAUUACGAUAACGGUCGCUAACAUAGUAAUGAGAAGGAAAGAAAAACUGGAAUAUACGGUGAACAUUGAAGUUGAUACGAUUGUCCUAUUCCUGUGGCUAGAAACUGGUAUCAAAGGCAAUUUUAUUGAUAACGCGUUUAUAGUUACGGAACCAACAAUUACUGCGAAAUUCGUUUGUAGUAAAUAUGUUGCGCCUCGGGAUUUACAGAGUUCUAUCGAAAUACAAUAUUACGUCAAUUGAUAGACCGAUUUUUUCUGACUCCAUUAAUGUAUAUUUCUAAGCUAAGUACUCAAAAUAAAUGUUAAAUUAUA